CAUGGAACCUCUUCCGCGAAAGCCAUUUCGUUUCCUCGACGUUUUCAUAUCUCAUUAAUUAAUCGAGAGCGAUCCACAAGCCUGCCGAAAAAAUGCCGUCGAAGUGUCCCGUUUGCCUCGCAGAGGCAGUUGAUGCGGAAGAAGGAGGAGAAUUAGUUUGUACAGAGUGUGGAGCUGUUGUGGAGAGCAGAGUUUACAACUUUGAUGUUGAUCGUCAAAAUGGCUAUACCACCAUGGCAGCUGAUGGUACAGCUAAGUUUGAUGGACGUUUCGAUCUGCCAAGUAUGGUGAGGCAGCGAUUACCGACAAGCGAUACUUCAAAGUAUAAAAAACGUCUUCAGAAGCUCCUUUACGAGCUUGCAAAGCGCAUGAAUCUUUCGAACGAAACUGUAAAAGAAGCAAAGGAUUUUCUUUUGACUACUGUAGCAUCAAGAAUGAAGUCAGGAGAAAUUCGACACGUAAGUCGUCACACAGCCGUUCUUGUUGCGAGUUGCCUGUUUAUCGUUUGCAGGAGAAAUCACAUGCAGAUAAACUACAGACGUAUGGCCGAGAUCGCGCAGUGUAAUAUGUUUAGUCUCGGUAAAUCGGUGAAAAUCAUUUUAAAAGCUCUUGAUCUCCACUUGGAACCGAUUGAAACUGAUUUGUCGCUGAGGCGUGUUCUUGCACAGUUGGAUGUUGAGGAUAGGUCUGCUGAACAGACAUGCUUUGAUUUGUUUCACAUUUUUCAGUACUUCAGUCUGGCCGGUGAAAGAAAUCAUUUUGCCUCUGCUAUGGCUUUGGUUCUUAUUGUACUGGAUGGUAAAAAAAUUACUCCACGCAAAGAAAAGAUCGCAGACGUUUUGAGUAAAAAUUCUGUCACAAACAACCAGGUAAAAUCACAAAUGAAGAAUUCCAGAAGGGGUUUAGUUGAACUGGCAAAAGAUGUACCCUGGAUUCCAAAAUCUCUCAAGCCGACUGCUAUUGCCAGGCAUAUUGAUGACAUUGUUGAAUUCCACAAAAACUGUGGAAGGAUGGAUUUGUCUGCAGUUAAGUCUUUGUAUAUGAAGAGGAAAGAAUGCGCAGAAAACGAUCGCAAGAGAAAGAUACAGAUGGCUAAAGCACGUAUAGAUAAGGAAAAAACACAACAGCUUUGCAGCUCAAGUGAAAACAGUUCUUCUAUUGGAAACACCCUGGCUGAUUCAUCAUGUCCAAGCAGUUCUUCAACUAACCAAAGUAAUUGUGGAGUUGUUCUUGGGGAGCCAAUGCCAAACAAUUUGCAUGUGGAUGGUCUUGACAGCAGCCAGCAGAGUAAUCCCUCUGAUGAUCCAGAGUUUUACAGUGACAAUGGGCUGGAUGAUAAUGAUGCUCUGAUAGAACACCUGCUGAGGAAUGGCUAUUCUGAGGAAGAGUUGAUGGAAGGUUAUUUUGAAUCAAGAAUGGUUGAUCUUCAGGGUAGCUGUGAUGACCCUGAAGGGGAGAGAGAGGAUCUGGAUGAACUUGACAUCAGAGACUCCGAUAUGCAUCAUUACUUAUGGUCUGUUGCGGAGGUGGAACGAAGAAGGAGUCUUAAGAAAGAUGACUCUUGUCAAGCAGCAGAAUAAAGUCAGUAAAUGAAGGGCUGAAAUAAUCAGUGAAACUAUCAUUGGAAUAUAUUUCUGACACUUAAUUGUUUUAACUUGUAGCCUAUUCACACGAAAGCUUAAAAAUGCUUUAAAGUUGUUUUUGUUUUAAACAUGG